CGCAGGUCGGCUUCAGACGCCCUGGGAGGGAAGACCAAGAGGAAGCCGGGCGCGCGCAGCAGGAUUUGUUAAGGGUCCGUCAAGCGAGUGUCUGCGGCCGGUAAAGGCUGACGUGACGGGUGAAGAAGACUCGGGCAGAACCUUCAAGGAGCUUAUGUUCCAGUGGAAGGUCUGUUCCUUCCGUCAGAUGGAAACAGACUGUAAUCCCAUGGAGCUAAGCAGCAUGUCAGGAUUUGAAGAAGAUGCCGAGCUCAAUGGUUUUGAAGGAACUGAUACGAAAGACAUGAAGCUAGAAGCUGAAGCUGUUGUAAAUGAUGUUCUCUUUGCUGUUAACAACAUGUUUGUCUCAAAAAACCUGCGCUGUGCAGAUGACGUGGCCUACAUCAACGUGGAAACCAGAGAAAGGAACAGAUACUGCCUAGAGCUCACUGAAGCAGGCCUUAGGGUGGUAGAAAUUUCUGUUGUCUUGCAGUUUCUAUCUAACUGUGUCGUCGGGGCUUCCCUUGAAGAGAUUACAGAAGAAGAGGAAGAGGAAGAUGACAGCAAGUCAGCUAUGCUGGAUGCCUUCUCCUCCAAAACGAAGGAAGGCACGUUCCAGAUCGUGGGCACGCUUUCCACACUCGAAACACCCGGGCCCGACUUUGCCGUGGAGACAUACUGUACCAUCUCUCGAGAAGACCUUCUCAUGCGCCUGCUGGAGUGUGAUGUUAUUAUUUAUAACAUCUCUGAGAACCCACAGCAAGUGGAGGAAGCCAUCUGGGCAGUGUCUGCACUGAAUGAAGAAGUCAGCCAUUUUGAAAAACGGAAGGUGUUUAUUUUAGUUUCCACAGUGAUGACCUGGGCAAGAUCGAAACCCCUGGACCUUGAUGAUUCUGACAUUCCAUUUACUGAAGAGGAUUAUCGAAGAAGAAAGAACCAUCCUAAUUUCCUGGACCACAUAAAUGCCGAAAAAAUGGUUCUCAAAUUUGGAAAAAAUGUCAAAAAAUUCACGACUUAUGUCGUUGCUGCCGGACUUCAGUAUGGGGCGGAAGGAGGCAUGUUACAUUCUUUUUUUAAGAUGGCUUGGUUGGGUGAGGUCCCUGCAUUACCAGUUUUUGGAGAUGGAACAAAUGUAAUUCCAGCAAUUCAUGUUCUUGAUCUAGCAGGAGUGAUACAAAAUGUAAUAGACCACGUGCCGAAGCUCCGUUACCUGGUUGCCGUAGACGAGUCUGUCCAUACCCUGGAAGACUUAGUCAAGUGCAUCAGCAAACAUACUGGCCCUGGGAAAAUCCAGAAAGUGCCCAAAGAAAAUGCUUUCCUAACCAAGGACUUGACACAAGAGAAUAUUGACCAUUUACUGGUCAACUUGAGAAUGGAAACCCUGUUUGUGAAGGAGAAUUUUAACAUUCGAUGGGUUGCCCAAUCAGGAUUUGUGGAAAAUAUCAACAGUAUCCUCAAAGAGUACAAGCAAAACCGAGGAUUAUUGCCCAUCAAAAUAUGCAUUCUUGGUCCUCCUGCUGUGGGGAAAUCCAGUGUGGCAGAGGUAUUGUCCAAGCACUACAAACUACAUCACGUUAAACUAAAGGACGUCAUUUCCGAAGCCAUAGCAAAACUGGAGGCCAUCGUGGCACCUAAAGAUGGAGGGCAAGGAGAAGAAGGUGAAGAGGAGGAAGAGGAGAGUAUGGAGAAUGUGGACGACGCACAGGAGCUCUUGGAUGACGUCAAGGAAAGCAUGGAGCAGAACGCAGGCCGUCUGGAAGAUCAAUAUGUGAUUAGAUUUGUAAGAGAAAAACUAAAAUCGAUGCCUUGCAGGAAUCAAGGGUACAUUUUGGAUGGAUUCCCAAAGACUUAUGAUCAAGCCAAAGACCUGUUCAACCAAGAAGACGAGGAGGAGGAGGAAGAAGUCAGAGGCAAAAUGCUUCCCUUUGAUAAGUUAACCAUACCUGAAUUCGUCUGUGCGCUGGACGCCUCGGAUGAGUUCCUGAAGGAGCGGGUGAUAAAUCUUCCCGAGAGAUUUGUGGCGGAAACCCACUACAGCCAGGACCGGUUCCUCCGGGCUCUGAGCAACUACCGGGACAUCAAUACCGAAGAUGAGACUGUCUUCAACUACUUUGAUGAACUUGAAAUCCACCCGAUACAUAUAGAUGUAGGAAAACUUGAAGACCCCCAGAACAGACUCGCUAUCAAAAGGCUCAUCAAAGAGAUUGGGAAGCCUCGAAAUUAUGGUUUAACAGACGAAGAAAAGGCAGAAGAGGAGCGGAGGGCUGCCGAGGAACUCCUAGCCAAGGAGGCUAUGGAGAAAGCGGAACGGGAGCGCCAUGAAGCCACGGAGAUGGCCGAGAAGAUGGCCCGCUGGGAGGAGUGGAAUAAGCGACUAGAGGAAGUGAAAAGAGAAGAAACAGAAUUACUAGAGGCCCAGUCUGUUCCGCUGAGAAACUACUUAAUGACCUACGUCAUGCCAACGCUUAUGCAGGGUCUGAACGAGUGUUGUAAGGUCAGACCAGAGGAUCCCAUUGAUUUUCUGGCAGAGUAUCUCUUCAAGAACAAUCCGGAAACGCAGUGAAACUUUUAAGACCUCAUACCUUUACAGAGCUAGAGAUGAUUUUAAUAUUGUCAUUUGAAAAAUGGCUUUAAAAAAUGCUUUUUCAGUUUUUGGAAAGUUCUUUUCUUUUUCCCUAAGAGCAAAUAUUUUAUUGAGUAGAAUCAUUAUAAAAAGCUGUAUGGCGAUGAGUGACUACUUCAUUAAAACUCUAUUUGAAAGGUAGAUUGACAAAGGAAUCUGUGCGUAGUUUCUGGGACAAGCAUUGAUUUAAUAUUUCAUUCUUAGUCUAAGUAUCCUGCACACUAAUGUUUCCCGUGAUUUUCAGCAUGAAGAAAAUCAGACUGUAUAUUAUUUGAACAUGUAGAUUAAUGCAUUUACACAAUUUGUUAUGGCCCAAAUACCAGUGAUGCUAGAGAUGGACGUACAUUAGAAUGAUGUAUGCUUUGUUGAGUCACAGUAAGUCACACACGAUUGGUUUCCACAGGUUGCUUUCUGAGUUCAGAGUUAGCAUUCCAACCAAUGGGUCAGAGAGCACAGGAAACCUCUUGGUAGAAAAAUUCGUGUUACAGGAUGAAUAAUUCUAACUUCUGUGAUAAUUAGAAAGUUGCCGAAUAUUUUCAACAAACUAGCUUUACAAUAUAGGCGUAAGCAAUCAAUCCCUAUGGUCUUUUCCAGCUCUAAAAUCCUCCAGAAUUCCCAGAAUUACACUGAAUGAGAAAUUAGUUUAGGUUUAUUUUAAUGGUAUAUAUGUUUUAUCCUUUUAAAUAAUGUAAUUUCAAUAUAACUGCAUUUUUUUUAUUGUAAAGUACACACAACAUAAAAUUUAGCAUUGUAACCAUUUUAAAGUGUACAAUUCAGUGACAUUAAGUACCUUCACAGUGUUGUAUGCUCAUCACCACUGUCUAGCUGCAGAACUUUUUUAUCACCCCAGAUGGAAACCCUGUAACCCAUUAAGCAGUCACUCCCCAUUAUCUCCUCUGCCCAGCUCCUAGGCAACCACUAAUCUGCU